UGCUUCUGGAGGGAGGAGAUUUAGAGCUAUUAUAACCACUAAGUCCUCUCUGCUACAUGUUUACAGGUCAGGUUAACAGACGUGCACACACAUAUCUACAAACUGAGGCAUCACUGCAGCUCUCAGGAGCGCGUGUACGAACUCUGGAGCGGGUCAUAUUCUUUGUUUCCAUGCCGACCCUCAGGAUGGAGUGAAUCUGUUGUCUUUGGUGGGCUGAAGGCAGCGAGGUAUCCCGCAGUCCUGAACACUGCUAGCAUGCCUGUGCAUCAGAUAUCAGUCGUGCCCAUCGCCAAAGAGACCGGCAAAAGCUCUAGCCGGAACAGAGACAAGAGUAAAGAGAAUGAGGGUGAGAAAGCACCUGGGCGAUCAGGAAGUCGAUCCAGCAAUAUAUCUAAGGUGAGCACUUCCACCCCGGGAGCCGUGCUGAACAGCAUCUCUCAAACGUCGGUUACACUCUCCUCCCAGGACAUAUGCAGCUCUAGUGGUCACACUAAACUUGAAGUAGAUGGCUCCGAUCAGACUACACCCAUCAUGCCCAUAAACCCCGCCUCCGACCCCGCCCCCACCGCUAAGCGGCAAGUCAAACGGCGUAUCCGGCGGCGAAGGGAGAGCACCGGGACUGUUGGGUGUGCCACAGAGUGCGUGGACCAACCGAGACAUUCACGAUUACACAGACAAACGCACACACACUCUGACUCGUCUUCAGAGGACGAGCAGCGCUGGAGAGAAGCUCGCUCCUGGAGUCGCCAGAAAGCGAGACGGAGACGCAGCAGCAGCCAACACACGAAAGCGCAUCCCCGUGAGGAACGGGAAACCACUAAGCUCAUGUCUGUCAACUCAGAUGGGGGACAGAAGGAAAACCAGGCACCGUUAUGCAAGGGUCCCAACACCAGGGCCCACAAAAAGUUAUCAAAAAUGGAGAAGCGUGGUGGCCAAAGCCAGGCAGCCAUUCACAGAAAAGGCAAUGAGAAUAGUAGUAGUGACGAGGAAGAGCCUAUUACAAAAACAUAUGAGGAAAGAGGUUCAGGAGACCCAGACAUGUCUGUCCAAUCCCCUUUUAAAUGCAGUGUUCCAACCGAUCAUAAUGGUGCCACGCAACAAGCAUGCACUGAUGAUGAACUAGAGGUGUGCAGGAUCUGUCACUGUGAAGGUGACGAGGAGUGUCCGCUCAUCACACCUUGCCACUGUACGGGAAGUCUGCGUUUUGUGCACCAGGGCUGCCUGCACCAGUGGAUCAAGAGCUCGGAUACACGCUGCUGUGAGCUCUGCAAAUAUGACUUCAUCAUGGAGACGCACCUCAAACCUUUGCGCAAGUGGGAAAAGCUCCAGAUGUCUACAAGCGAGCGGCGGAAGAUCUUCUGCUCUGUGAUGUUUCACCUGGCUGCUGUGGUGUGUGUCAUCUGGUCACUCUAUGUUCUGAUUGACCGCACGACUGAAGAGAUUCGCCAAGGCAAGAACAAUGCGUUGGUGCGUUUGUCCCCUCUCAAUGCCGUAGGGGUGCUGGAGUGGCCAUUCUGGACCAAGCUCAUCGUGGUGGCGGUCGGCUUUGCUGGAGGACUUAUCUUCAUGUACAUUCAGUGCAAAGUCUACCUGCAGCUCUGGAGGAGGCUGAAGGCUUUCAACAGGAUCAUCUUUGUACAGGACUGCCCCGACACCGUCCGCAAAGGAGAGAACAGGCCGCCCCCUGUCAUCCAGCGCAACGGCACGCAUGGGACAGAGGAGGUUCCUGCACCUCAGACACAAACUAACACAGGAGCAGUUGAAAUGACCCCUGUUUGACGACGGAUGCUUGGUGCUCUCAGGAAAGGGCUCCUGGUGGAUUUGACCAAAGUGAUGUGAUUUACAUAAACAAAAGCACUUUUUAUUUUUAUUAGAGGGUCAGUAAGCUUAUAUAAGAAGUUUAUAUAGGGCUGUCAGAUUAUAACGAAAACAUGUUGUAAAAACAUUACCGCAUUUAGACACACCCCCAGUCCAAAAGUAAAUAGUGUGAUGAGGCAGAUAUUACAGGAAGUGUGUGUGUGUCUAUAUAUAUAUAUAUAUAUAUAUAUAUAUACACAUAUAGACACACACACACACACACACACACACACAUACAAGAAAAAAUACACAUUAUUGUCAUUAGUCUUAAAAAAAAGUCAACUGAAUAAAAAAGCUGUAAUAAGAAUUCAGUAGAUACAAGCAAUUCCAUUUUAAGGUGUUCUUAUAUUUUAAUAUAACUAUUAAUAAUUUAAUUCAAUUAUUUUAUUAUAAAAAAAUUACUGUUAUUAAUAUAGUACGUAUGUGUAAAAAAAGACAAAGUGUUAACCAUUCUUGCUUUAUUCUUGUAUUAAUAGACAUGUUUUGGCAUGUUUAUUCAUGUAAAAAUAGAUGUUAACUAUGUUAACCAGGAUGGCAUUAAGUACAGGAUCUAUUUUUAUUUUCUUUUUAAAAACUUGUGCAGCUUUUGAGGAGGUAUGCUUUGAAGGGUUUGUGCAGAAUAGUGUUUAUUGAUUUGUAUACAGAUUCAAUAUGCAGGUUUAGAGGUGAACAUGUUUUGCAGAGUGUUAUUCAGAAAGGAUUAAGAAGAUUUGACUUGUAUUGUCAUUUUCUGCAGUGGUGAUUUUGAUAUAUUAAAAUAAUUAUUAAGCGAGCACACAUAGUGCCAUGGCAGGAUCAUGAGAUUUAGUGAUCAACAUAAGUGUUCACAACUCAGAUGCACAUUAUAAAAGAAACAAUAAACCAGUGAAUGUAUCAAA